UUACAAGUACCAUGAAUUUCUUUGAAAAACAUCACUUUCCUUUAAAGUUUCGCAGCUCUUUCUAUCAAAAUUGAGAUUUGUGACUCUCAUCUGUCGCUCUCUCUAUCUUUAUGUAUAAAAAGAGUGAUGAGAUGGAUUUCAGAAGAGAGAAACAUAGUAACAUAAUAAGAGCUUAAAGAAAGAAAAAAAUGAGGAGGCAGAGGGGAAGAGAGAUAGGAGAAGGAAGCUCAAUGUCGUGGAAGGAACAACGAAACCUCAGAGAGAAAGAGCGACGAAUGCGCAUGAAACAUCUCUUCUUUAUGCUCUCCUCUCAUGUUUCUCCCACUCAUAGGUUAUCAGUGCCUCAACUUAUAGACCAUUCGGCAUCAUACAUGAUCCAAUUAAAAGAGAAGGUAAACAAUUUGAGGGAGAAGAAACAGACUUUAUUAGGGGAAGUCGAGAAUCACUCUGAAGGGUCGACGUCCUUUAAUCUGCCGAAACUCAGUAUCUAUUCGCAGGGUUCGAUCAUAAAAAUGAAUCUGAUUAUGGAUCUGAACAUAAAAAGAGUAAUGCUGCAUGAGCUUGUAAGUGUUUUUGAAGAAGAAGGAGCUCAAGUUAUGAGUGCUAAUCUUCAGAACUUGAAUGAUAGUAUCACUUACACAAUCACAGCUCAGGCCAUCAUAUGUCGGAUCGGCAUCGAUCCAUCAAGGAUAGAAGAAAGACUAAGGGAUAUCAUCUUUUGAUAAACUUUUUGAAGCAUAAUUAUAUUCCGAAUUAUUAGUUUAGGCGCAAUAUUUUUAGGGCGUGCUUUUACGGUUUUACCAAUGUAUAAGUUUCUUUUAAACAAGAGAUGAGUAUGUUUUAAUUUGUUUUUGAGUUCUGUUAUGUUAGCACGCGUAAGUGAUUUUCUAAAUUAAAUUGGUUGAUGAUAUAAUUAUUUCCUUAAUGCAUA